AAACCCUCUCUUCUCUGGGUUCCGAGGCCGGAAAAAUCAAAUUAAAACCCAGGCGACGCCACUCUUCAUGUUCUCUCACACUUCGCCGUUCACUAUCCGCCACCAUGGAGGCUGCCACACCUCAACCGCCGCCGCUCAAUCCCUGUCCGAUUCCACUCCGCCACAGCUCGAACCAGACCUCUUCCACGGCGGCCAUCAUAAGAGGACGCUUUGUGAGCUUUAUAGUAAUAUUGUGACUUGCUCUACCAUGGGAGUUGAUGCUGAAGCUCGGAGUUCGCUAGUUUCGUGUCAGCAGAAGAGGAGAAGGACCGGAGUUCGGUCGGUGGAGACUUUUGGUAGUGGUAAUGGCGGUUCGUUAGCAUACCUGCCGACUCUUGAAGCGGCUGAUUACUAUAUGCAGCCUUCCUUGGCUGAAUUGGCUGCGCGAGAGGGUAUGGAUCCGGGUUAUUGUGCCCGAGUGUUGGACUUUACGGUCGGGAGGUUUGGUUAUGGAGCCGUCAAGUAUCCUGGGGAGACUGAUGUUAGGUGUUUGGACUUGGAUAAAAUUGUGAAGUUCCGGAGACAUGAGGUGAUUGUGUAUGAAGACGAGAGUGGGAAGCCUUUGGUUGGCGAGGGACUUAAUAAACCUGCUGAAGUGACUUUGAUGAUACAGACAAGACUGCCGUGUGUUGACCGGAGGCGGAAGGAGAAUAUAGUGAAAAUAUUGAGACAGAGUGUGGAGGGGCAAGGAGCUCAUUUUGUUUCGUUUAAUCCGGGAAAUGGAGAGUGGAAGUUCUUUGUUAACCAUUUUAGUAGAUUUGGGUUGAGUGAAGAAGAUGAAGAAGACAUGAUAAUGGAGGAUACUGAUGCAGCUGAAGAUCCUCCGGAAUUGAACCAUGAAGAAAUGUCUGAGGCGGAUGAAGGAAACCCAAUGGCUCCUACUGGAGUUGUGCUUUCGCAUUCUCUUCCUGCUCAUCUUGGGCUUGAUCCCAUCAAGAUGCAAGAAAUGAGAAUGUUGAUGUUUUCUGAUAUGGACGAGGAAGCCGAGGAGUUUAAAGAAUUACAUGCACAAUAUAAUCCAUCAUCUGGUAAAGAAUACUUGACAUCUCCUUUGCAAAAUGCUCAAAGGAUGAGUUAUCGAUCUACUCCACCGGCCGUUCGAAAGACACCUCUAGCAUUGCUUGAAUACAAAAACAGUAAUUUUGACUCAAACUCUCCUGGUGCAAUUCUAAUGGCACAGGAAAAUAAAGGCUUGCCAUUGAAGACGCUAAAAGAAGGUUUUAAGCUUGAUCUCAAUAGAGAAACGCCAGUAACUAAAAAAAAUUCUCGUAACAUAGUUGAUGCAGGUUUGUUAAUGGGGAGGUCAUUUCGAGUAGGAUGGGGCCCAAAUGGAGUUCUUGUGCAUACUGGCAUGCCAAUAGGCGGUAAUGGUUCCCAAAGGGUGCUGUCAUCUGUAAUUAACAUAGAGAAGGUUGCUAUUGACAAUGUUGUCAGAGAUGAAAAUAACAAGGUUUCUGCAGAACUUGUUGAAACAGCUAUCACUUCUCCAUUGGAGCUUCACAAGGGACUAUUUCAUGAAACAAAAGAAGUUGAAGUUGGAUCGUUCAGUCUGAGACUUCAGAAGCUUGUGUCCAAUCGGUUUACACUAUCAGAUAUAUGCAGGAGCUAUGUAGAUAUUAUUGAGAGACAGCUGGAGGUUCCUGGUUUAUCUUCCUCUGCUUGUUUGGUUUUCACGCAUCAAAUUAUGAUAUGGGAAUUGAUAAAAGUUCUUUUCUCUGAAAGGGAAAAUGGAGGAAAACUGGAAUCUGGUGCUGAUGAUGAGGAAGAAAUGGUGCAGGAUGAGAAGCCCCCUUCACAUGAAACCGAACCGGAAGCAUUGCCUCUUAUUAGGAGGGCUGAGUUCAGUUACUGGUUGCAAGAAAAUGUGCACCAUCGAGUAGAAGAAAUCAUCUCAUUGAAUGAGACAAAUUAUCUAGAAUCCAUAUUAUUACUUCUGAGUGCGCGGCAGCUGGAUGAAGCUGUAGAAUUGGCUGCUUCUCAGGGAGACGUGAGAUUGGCUUGUUUAUUAAGUCAGUCUGGUGGGUCCAUGGUUAAUCGUUCUGACAUUGCACAACAGCUUGAACUUUGGAGGAUCAAUGGACUGGAUUUCAGUUUCAUUGAGAAAGAUAGGAUAAGGCUUUAUCAGUUGCUUGCGGGAGAUGUCCAUGGUGCUUUUCGGGGUAUUGAAGUUGAUUGGAAGAGGUUUUUAGGGAUAAUGAUGUGGUAUGGCCUAGCACCCAACACUUCAUUACAAGUUGUUUUUAGCACAUACCAAGAUCUUCUUAAUGAGAAUAAGGCUCCAUACCCUGUUCCAAUUUAUAUUGAUGGACACUUAGAAGUGGCGGUGGAUCAGAGUGCAGAGAAACGUUAUGACCUAUCAUAUUACCUUAUGAUGCUACAUGGCAAUGAAGAUAGUGCAGUUGAUUUCACGAAGACCAUGUUCAGUGCUUUCUCGUCCACAUAUGAUCCACUUGAUUACCAUAUGAUCUGGCAUCAGCGUGCUGUGUUGCAAGCAGUUGGGGUCAUCAGUGCCAAUGAUCUUCAUGUUCUUGACAUGGCAUUUGUUUCUCAGUUGUUGUGUCUUGGGCAAUGCCAUUGGGCCAUCUAUGUGGUUCUUCACAUGUCCCAUUGUGAAGACUUUCCAUAUCUUCAUGCUAAUCUUAUUCGUGAAAUUUUAUUCCAAUAUUGUGAUUCUUGGAGCUCACUAGUAUCACAACGCCAAUUCAUUGAGGACUUGGGUAUUCCUAAAGCGUGGCUUCAUGAGGCUAUGGCAGUUUAUUUCAAUUAUUAUGGGGAACUUUCAAAGGCACUUGAACACUUUAUUGAAUGUGAAAACUGGCAAAAAGCGCAUGCUAUUUUCAUAACUUCUGUUGCCCACACAUUAUUCUUGUCAGCCGAACACUCGGAAAUAUGGAGGCUGGCAACUUCCAUGGAGGACCACAAAUCAGAAAUUGAAAACUGGGACUUGGGAGCUGGCAUCUACAUUUCAUUCUAUCUAACAACAAGUUCGUUGCAGGGAGCUGAUGAUGCCAUGAGUGAACUGGAUUCUGUUGACAGCAAAAAUGCUACUUCCAGAGAGUUUCUUGGUCAGUUAAACCGGUCUUUGGCUGUUUGGGGUGCCAGGCUACCAAUGGACGUGAGAGUCGUGUAUUCAAAGAUGGCGGAUGAGAUAUGCAACUUGCUAUUGUCUGAUAUUAGUGAGGGCCCAACACGAGAUGUUCAGUUAAGUUGCUUUGACACUGUUUUCAGUGCGCCCAUACCUCAAGAUCUUCGCUCAAAUCAUUUGCAAGAUGCAGUGUCACUCUUUACAUGCUUUCUAUCGGAAGUUGCUACAUAGGUAAGCCUUCCCCUUAUGCAGCGCUUAAAAAAAAUCUGAGUCCUUUGUAUUGAAAAGUUGGAUGGCCAUUGAUAAAAUUGCCCACACCUUGUUUGACUUGAACUUGUAAGAAGGCUGCAGCACCAAAUCAUUAUUCCUUUGCACUUUGUUUUCCCAUUUCUCUAUAUAAUUGAUGAUGAUCACUUUAGCAAA